AUGUAUGGAAAGAAGCAAAGAGCUCCCAGGUGGAAGGAGUGUACGUCUUACACUAUGCACAGAAUGCAGUAUGCAGCUGGAGCAAUUUACGUGAGCAAGAUGUUCGACCAGGCAUCAAAAAAUGUAACGCUCGACAUGGUGAAAGAUUUGCAACAAGCGUUCCACGAAAUGCUUGUCGAGAAUGACUGGAUGGACAACACAACAAAAGAGACUGCCUUCGAAAAAGCAAAGGCAAUGCUCACUCAAAUCGCUUAUCCAGAGUUCAUUCUUGACAGCAAAAAACUGGACAAACACUAUGAUGACUUCUCCGUGGAAGAAACGGAAUCGUACAGUCAGAUGAUAGAAAAACUUUCACGAUGGAAUAUUGAAUAUGGCUUCAAACGCCUUACCAAACCCGUCGAUCGAACUGAGUUUAACUUCAAUGCUGCAGUAGUCAACGCUUACUACUCCUCGAAUUUCAAUGCAAUAAAAUUCCCAGCAGCUAUUCUGCAGGCGCCGUUCUUCCAUCACACUUUUCCACGGUAA